GAAGGUUAACGAUCAUAAAAAAACGCCUCCUUUUCGCGAUCCAUGAAUACCCGCCGUCCCAACCCGAGCUUCUAGCCCGUGUAUGUCUAUCUCACACAUUUCCUGCUAGCGCACCCAAAUCCUAAGCUCCUCUCUCAAAAGCUCCAAUUCUCUUCCUCAAAUUCAUGAAUAUGUGUCAGAAUUCAUUACUAGGGUUUUAAUAUCUAUCUUUAAUUUGAUUUUUCCUUUUGGCUUGUACAAUUUAGGCUAUGGUUUUUCUCUUGUUUUCGUUUUCUCGAUUUAUUAGAUAUAGAUGAACUCCACGUAGCAGGAGUAUCGAAUUGACAGGAAUUCACUGGAUGUAUUUUUUUUUUUCUUGUUGGGUUAGUACGAUGUACUGAAUAUAAAUAGUGGAUUAGGGUUAGGGUUUUAAUAUUGGUCUUGUCUGGUAUCGUAAUGGAAACGCGUAGAUCCUUCGAUAGAUCGAGAGAACCGGGCUUGAAGAAGCCCCGAUUGGCCGAGGAGAUUGAGCGCGGUAAGAACCCGAACCCGAACGGGAAUGGCCGCCCUUUCGUUCAGAGAUCAGUUGUGGUGCCGCCGCCAAGGUUCCGACCGAGUGAUAGAGAUUCCGAAAGCAGCGACUCGGGCCGAGGGGGUUAUCAGCCUCAACCGCCGCAGCAUCAGGAACUCGUCAGCCAGUACAGGACUGCGCUCGCCGAGCUCACUUUCAAUUCGAAGCCUAUCAUCACUAACUUGACUAUAAUUGCUGGCGAGAACCUCCACGCUGCCAAGGCAAUCGCCGCCACUGUCUGCGCCAACAUUCUCGAGGUUCCUACUGAGCAAAAGCUGCCUUCACUCUAUCUUUUAGACAGUAUCGUAAAGAAUAUUGGGAGGGAUUACAUAAAGUACUUUGCUGCUAGACUACCUGAGGUUUUCUGCAAGGCAUAUAGGCAAGUAGAUCCUGCUGUACAUUCGAGUAUGCGUCAUCUUUUUGGAACUUGGAAAGGAGUCUUCCCUCCUCCAGCACUUCAGAUGAUUGAGAAAGAACUUGGCUUUACUCCCAUAAUCAAUGUUUCUUCUUCAUUAGCUACUACAACAUCUAAGCCAGAUUCGCAGUCUCAACGCCAACCACACAGCAUUCAUGUAAAUCCCAAGUAUUUGGAAAGGCAGCGGCUUCAGCAGUCUGGCAGGAAUGUUCAGCGAACUAAUAGAGAUGGACCAAGUGAAUCUGUUCAUGAGAAGACCAUUGGUGCUGCAUUUGGAGACUAUGAAUACUCUUCUGAUCUUUCAAGGAAUUCAGGCUCAGGAACUGAAAGAACUGGUGGGAGGAUGACUGAGCAAGGACAUGACAAACCCUGGUAUGGAACUGUAGGAAGUGUUGCGGAGACAAUCUCUAGCCAGAAGAAUGGUUUCAAUAUCAAACAAGGAUUGCCCAACUAUCGAGCACCCAAAUCUGCAUAUGCUGAUGCACAACCAAAGCCAACACAGAGUAUUGCACUUAGGACUAGCACUGUGAUGUCUAGUAGCUGGAAGAAUUCUGAAGAAGAGGAGUUCAUGUGGGAUGAUAUGAACUCCAAAUCAACAGCUCAUGGAGCAUCCGAUAUUCCUAUUGACCCAAGGAAAAAUCAUUCAGAAAAAUUGGGGUUUGAAUAUCACCUUCAAAAACCACGCAGUUUAGAUGAUGUUGGAUCAAAGGUCAAUAAGGAAGUUUCCACUGAUUUUAUGUAUAAUGACCAGAAAGAUUUUACUCCUUUUGGGAGCCGGACUUCAUCCUCCUGGCCGUUGGAAGAAUCACAAUCCAUUGAUGGGCUGGUCCAUACUUCAGGCCACUCAGAAGGCUUUGCUGCCACUCUCACACAGUCGUCAACAAGUGUAGCUUCUUCAAUAUCAAGAAUAGGAGGUCAUCAGCAGAUGGGGGGCCUUGGGGUUCUAAUAAAUGCAGUGUCGGGGUCCACUGGAACUGUAGGGCAGCAGCGGUUUCAGUCUCAGGGAGCAGCAUCACCAUCUGCACAGUCACCCAUGCACCAGCAUCCUCAAUCGCCUUCAUUAGUAGUACGCCCUUCCCAUCAUCAGUUGCAAAAUCUGGCCAAGCGGGAGCAUCCACAGACUCUGUCCCUGCCUCAACCUAAUUUAAAAGGAGCUCAAUUUUUGGGCCGGUUGAACAUGGGGCCUUCCAACCAAUAUGCUCAGGAUUCAUCACCUUUCCAGCAUCCAAAUGUUCAGCCAGGACCCUUGCAAAAGCUGCAGCCCCGAGGCUUACAAGCUUCUGCUUCAGUUCCUUCUUUUCAACCAAGGCACCAUGAUGAGCAACAAUCAGACUCCAUGCUGUCUCAGCCUUCUAGUGAGAUUCGAAAGCCAAUCCUCCCUUCAGUCUCUGAUACUGGGUCUCCCUCAACAGUGGGGAAUUCUGCAUCAGACCAUUCAGAUCUUGCCGCAGAAUCUUCAGGACAACCAAGCACAAGUAGUUUGUUAGCAGCUGUUAUGAAGAGUGGAAUUUUCUCUAACAAUUCUAUUACGGGUAGCCUACCUAAUCUGACUGUCCCAGACAUUGGGCAAAUGCCUUCACACUCUGGUAUUCAGCCUCCCCUGCCCAGUGGGCCUCCUCCAGUGCAGAUUACAUCCUCAGGGCCCAGUGUUGUGUCAGCAACUUCAUUAGGUUCAUCAAAUAAUAAUGCACCAGUUCCUGCCAGUAUAUCUCAAAGAAAUGCAGGACAACCACCUUUGCCAUCUGGUCCACCACCUUCAUCACUUGCGGGUAGUGCAUCUGCACCAACCUCAAGUGCUGUGAAUAAUGCCUCAGAUCCAAUUUCAAACCUUUUGAGCUCAUUAGUUGCAAAAGGUUUAAUAUCGGCUGCAAAGACCGAGGUGCCGACUACAGUGCCAACUCAAACCCCUAAUCAAUCACAAAAGAAGAGCCCAGGCACCAUUGCGACUAGCUCUGUAUCAGUUUCUUCUGUACCUGAUUCCCUUCCGACAACAAGGGAUGGGGUAUCGUUGUUGGAACCUGCCAAUCAAAGUUCUCCCGUGAUGCCUCAAUCCAUCCCAUUGGAAAUCGAAAACCUCAUAGGUUUCAAAUUCAAGCCAGAUGUAAUUCGAGAAUUCCAUCCAUCCGUGAUCAAUGGACUAUUUGAUGACCUUCCACUUCGGUGCAGUAUUUGUGAUAUUCGACUGAAGCUUCAAGAAAGUCUUGAUAGACACUUGGAGUGGCAUGCUCAGAGAAAGCUUGAACCUAACGGUUUAAUUAGCACAUCAAGGAGAUGGUAUACAAACACAAGUGACUGGGUUGCUGGGACGGCAGGACUUGCAUCUGGCAUUGAGUCUGCUGACUCAGCCUAUGAGUCUAGUGAGACCCUGGUCAAGGGUGAGCGCUUGGUUCCUGCAGAUGAAACUCAAUGUGCCUGUGUUUUGUGUGGACAGGUGUUUGAAGAUUUUUACUGCCAAGAAAGGGAUGAAUGGAUGUUCAAAGGGGCAGUAUAUAUGACCAUCUCAUCUUGUGCUGGCGAGAUAGAAAUUUCAAACGACAAUGCAGCUAAGGGUCCCAUUGUGCAUGCAAAUUGUAUUUCAGAAAGUUCAAUUCAUGACUUGGGACUGGCUAGUGGUAUUAAAAUGGAGAAGGAUGUAUAAAUUCUUUGAGGCAAGUUAGAGCCUUCCAUAAGCCAGAUUCUUUUAGUAGAAGCUGACGAUGGAAAUCCAGGUGUACUAUACAUAGCUUAAACGUGCAGAGUCCUUGCACGAUAAUUUUGUUGUGCCUCAAAAUGGUGCUCAGGGCUCUUCAUUUUGUUGUUCAUGCUCACAUUUCUUCUAUAUAUUUUUUUUGCCUAUUUUCUUUUUCCCGUUUAAUUCAGUUUGAAAGAAAUACAUAUAAUUGUCAGUUAGUGCAUUGCACCUCAA